GUUUCUUACGUAGAAGUCACAAUUUUUUUAUAAUCGUUACUAAUAACAUGUUGAAGACGUUCUCGAUAUUCGCUUUAUUCGUACUUAGUGCGUAUACAUCUUCUAGUUUUGGGGAAAGUGUCCGUCCGCAAAAAAUUUAUUUUGACACUGUGAAGAGAAUAGCGCGUGAUGGAUAUUACUCAGAAUCCCACUACGUAACAACCAGCGAUGGAUACAUCUUGGAAGUGAAUAGGAUUCCCAACGGACGCUCACAGGAAGGAGGAAGCGUCUCAAAGAAGCCUGUUGUAUUGUUGAUGCACGGUCUCCAGGGCUCUUCGAUUUCCUACAUUACUCUUGGUCCCGAAUACAGUUUGGGUUACUUGUUGGCUGACGCUGGUUUUGACGUGUGGAUGGGAAACUGUCGAGGAGCUCUCAACUCUCGCAACCAUGUCUCACUCGACCCUGACAGAGAUAUAUUGAAGUUCUUCGACUAUACCUUUGAAGACGUCGCUACCAAGGAUUUACCGGCAAUAAUUGACUACAUUCUCGGCGAAACAAAACAAGAAAAACUCCAUUACGUCGGCCACUCCCAGGGAGGGACGGCAUUCUUGGUGUUGAAUUCUGUGUUGCCUGAGUACAAUGACAAAAUUUCGGCAGCCGAUUUACUUGCCGGAGUCGGUUACAUGAGACACUUCCCAAACGUCAUGUUAAAAGCAUUCGCAAUCAGCACUAAUGUCAUAUUUAACUUUGCCGUUCGUAUCGGUAACAUAGAAAUCCUUGGCCCCAACUCAGAUGAAAAUUCAAAUUGCAAAAAUUCUGAUGAUCCUGAAGCGGAAUGCGCGAUACAAUCUAUUAGCGACUAUAUGAGUCAAUUGUUGGCGUCACACGAGAUGAUCGCUGGUGCUUCCCUCAAGCAAUAUGCUCACUACGGACAGAACAUACGUGACAGAAGUUUCAGAAGAUGGAAUUACGGCGCCAUCAAGAACCUUGCUAAGUACGGAAGCAUUAACCCUCCAAGUUAUGACAUCCGUCGCAUAAGUAUUAACACAAUCAUGCACUACACGGUUGGUGACGACCUUUUACACGAAAGAGAUGUAUUGAACAUGGCCAAAGAUAUGCCCAACUGUGAGGUACGCAGAGUGGCCAAGGAUUCCUUCUCUCAUACCGAUUUCGUAGGCGCUAACGACUCCCGAGCACUGGUGUCUGACUUUGUUGUAGAAAGGCUAAAGAAAUUGUACCUCUAAUAGAAAAGAAAUUUCAUGAUUUUUUUUGUCAAAUGAUUGAAUUCGGCAUGUGUCCGUGUUAAUAAAUAAAUUACAUUCUGCGAAA